GGGCGGCUAAAAAAGAAAAAAAGUAGAAAAUAAAAAAAUCAGAAAAGGAAAAAGGCAUUGGGUGGAGUCCAGAAGAAACCAGGCACUAGCUUACUGUUGUCCACUCCUGUUUGAAAUUAUACAGACUGCUUCAUUCUAACAGCAAUACCUGUGUGAUGUGUGACAAGAUGCCUGGGCCUGAGUUACAAUGCCCCUAAUGGAAGUUUGUAAACUUCUGCAUUCUUAUCCAUGGCUGCUUAUCAGAUGACAUAAACACAUCUUAGGUAAGGCAGUGUUUUGCUAUACAUGUAACAACCACUGAAACAACCUGCAAUUUCUCUAUACAUAUAAUUUUUCCAUGCUCAUGUCAUCAGCCAGAUUCAACACAAAUAAACUUUGUAAAAUACCUUUCUUUUUAUUGAGAGGAUUUGUAAAGCACACAUUUAAUCUCUUUAAGGGACUUUUGUGUGACUGAAUACUAUACUGUGGCAGUACUUUGAUCCUUGUAAGGUCUUAUCAAAUGAUUUUACACUCACAUCUCCACUUGAUGUGUGAAAAUCUUCUCUGAUAGUAGCCUGGAUUUGGCCUUUCCUGAGAAUCCAAUGCUAGUUUUAACUCACUUGUUAUCUAGAAAGGACAUUUAAAACCAUCAUGUCCCAGUUCUUCUUACUUUAUUAGCUCUUCUCUUAAUUCAUCUUUCUCUCAAUUUUCUAAAAUCAGCAAGAGAAAUAAAGGCAUUGUCAACAUUUUGCAUGAUAAUUUUCUUAGCUAUAUCACCUAGUUUAUUAAGCCCAUUUUCCACUUUACACAUAUUAGUAAGCAUCGUGUUGCUAAACUUUCUGCCACUAUAUAAUAUGUAUCCUCAUUUCUCCAGGCUCCAAUGAGCUUUUUCUCAUUUUUCCUUAGGAAUUCAGUGGCAGCCAAUUCAAAGUAAAAAUUCCAUUAAUUCUGGGAGUGACAUUAGCAAGAUGACAGAAUGAAAAGCCCUAAACCUUCCUUUGCCAUAAAUUUUACAACAGUAAAACACCUCUGUGAGAAAUCCAGAAACCAGUUAAAGAUUCAUGCACCCCGAAUGACCAUGAAGCCAACAGCACCAAGCAGUAUUGAAUUCCUGACACUCUCCAUUCUCUCUGGCCAAAGCCCAUCCCCUACACCUCACACUGAGAUUCAUUUGCUAGGAAACCACCAACUUCUAUCUUCUCUCUAGAGAGGGAAAUUACAAGAUUGCAUGUCCAACUGGUUUAUAGGGGAGCUUCUGGGGAGACCAUCAUCUAAGUACAAAUAGGAAUGAAUGCAAAGUUAGGGGUCUCUGAAAAAAGUCAUAAACCCUGCACCAGAAUUGCAAUACCAAAAAUAGACACUAGAUGGAAAGUCAGGACAGUAAUUUACUACAGUGCCAGCUAAGCCUCAGUACCACAAACAAUAGGGAGAGGUCCUCAGUAAAAUCUUUAUAUGAGCUUACAACUGGCAUAGCCCUCUGCCCUCCAUCACCCACCACUCAUUCAAGUAAUUUAUUUGCAGUGUGAAUUCGUGGUAUUAUUUGAAAUGAAGCAGAAUAUCACUUACCAAGAAGAAAGGAUUGCAUCACAUUUUACUUGCUUUAAUUUAACUCAGUACUGUUUUCAUUAACUCUUUAAUAAAAAUUUAGUACUAAAUGAGCAAAAUAAAUUAUUUUCACUCCUUUCCACAAAAAAAAAAUAAAGCACUUAAUUUUCGAGUCUCACAUAUUACAUUUUUGGAAAAAGGGCUGUACAUACAAUAUAGCAGGUCACUUUAGUUUAUUUACUAGAGAAUUACAAGUCAAAGUUCAGUGCUACUUUGGGUGUUGCUGAGUAGAAGAGUUUUUGCAAAGUAAACAUUUAACAGAUGUGAUCAACAACUGCUAGAAUUACACAGAAAAUCUUCAUCUUUCUGAAACAGCUACUUACCCACCUGACCUUAAAACAAUAUAGAGACACGAUGUGAGACAGGGCCAAUUGAGGAGAAUGUAUGGUCAGGAUCAACACACAGUGCAACAUCGAAGAAGGAAAUAUUUUUUCUCUUGAACUCUUCUAGAGUCAUUCUGCCUCCUAUUUGGAAUCACCUAUUCAGCCUCAAUGGCCUUUCACGAACUCCUGGAUAAAGCUGGAGGCCUGGGGAGAUUCCAGAUCCUUCAGAUGGUUUUCCUUUGUAUCUCCAGCUUUUUGGUCCAACCUCAUGUUUUAUUGGAGAACUUCACGGCAGCUGUCCCUGGCCAUCGCUGCUGGGUCCACAUCCUUGACAAUGACACUGACUCUGCUAAUAGCACUGGGACCCUCAGCCAAGAUGCCCUCCUGAGAAUCUCCAUCCCCCUGGACUCAAACUUGAAGCCGGAGAAGUGUCGUCGCUUCCUCCACCCCCAGUGGCAGCUCCUUCACCUGAAUGAAACCUUCCCCAACGUGACUGAUCUGGACACAGAGCCCUGUGUGGACGGCUGGGUGUAUGACCGGAGUGCCUUCUCCUCCACUAUCGUGACUGAGUGGGACGUAGUAUGUGAAUCUCAGUCACUGAACUCAGUGUCUAAAUUCCUAUUCAUGGCUGGAAUGUUGGUGGGAAACUUCAUCUAUGGCCAAUUAUCAGACAGGUUUGGAAGGAGGUUGGUUAUCAUAUUGUGUUUCCUCCAGCUUGGAAUUGCUGACACCACCACAGUCAUUGCUCCCAAUUUCCUCAUUUACUGCUCGCUGCGCUUCUUGGCCGGGAUUUCUACUUCGCCCCUCCUGACAAAUAGUUUUGUACUCAUGCUGGAAUGGACUGUGCCCCAAUUCCAAACCUUGGUGGUAGCACUAUUACUUACUUCCACCACUCUGGGACAGCUAAUUUUGGGAGGUCUGGCUUUUGCCAUUCGAGACUGGCGUACUCUCCAGUUAGUGGUGUCUAUACCAAUCUUUGUCUUAUUUCUGGCCUCACGGUGGCUGGUAGAAUCUGCUCGGUGGCUGCUUGUUACCAACAAACCCAAGGAGGGCUUAAAAGAACUUAGAAAAGCUGCACACAGAAAUGGAAAGAAGAAUGUCAAUGACACCCUAACCAUGGAGAUCAUGAGAGCCACCAUGCAGGAGGAGCUGGAGGCAGCACAGACCAAAACGUCGGUGUUCGACUUGUUCCGCACACCCAACAUGCGUAAAAGGACCUGUGCCAUGUCCUUUAUGAGAUUUGCAAACACGAUGACCUAUUUUGCCCUGUCCCUCCAUCUUCAGCACUUGGGGAGCAAUAUUUUCCUGUUGCAGGUGUUCUUUGGCCUAAUCAACAUUCCAGCCAAUUAUUGUGCAUUUUUGGCACUGAAUCACCUGGGCCGUCGAGGAAGCCAGAUGCUUUUCCUGUUCCUGCUGUCAUCCUUAGUUAUAGCCAUCACAUCUGUGCCUCAAGAAAUGCAGGCCGUGCGUAUGGUGUUGGCAUCUUUGGCAGCAGGAUCUUGUUCUGCCCUCUUCUCCUGUUUUGUUUCCCAUUCGGCAGAACUGAUUCCCACUGUCCUCAGGUCAACUUCCUCAGGAGUCCUGGGAAUUGCUGGUGGUUCCGGGGCAGCCCUGUCUCCUCUCUUGAUGAUCCUGACAGUGUACUCCCCCCCCCUGCCCUGGAUCAUCUGUGGCAUCUUCUCCCUCCUCGCUGGCUUUGCUGUCCUACUCCUUCCUGAAACGAAGAAUCAGCCUCUGCCUGACUCCAUCCAGGACGUGGAAAAUAAGGGAAACGACUCAAGAAAAACAGAGCAGGAAGAUAGCUUCAUGAAAGUGACACAGUUUUAAGGAACUCCAGGAAAGAACUACUAAUCGAAGAGAAAGAGGAAAAAAUGUAUUUUUUUUUUCUAAAUACUAAAAAGAAUUGGAGGAGUUCCCACAGUGGCUCAGCGGUUAACAAGCCCAGCUAGCAUCCAUGAGGAUGCGGGUUCGAUCCUUGGCCUCACUCAGUGGGCUAAGGAUGUGGUGUUGCUGUGGCUGUGGUGUAGGCUGGUGGCUACAGCUCUGAUUCAAUGCCUAGCCUGGGAACCUCCAGAGGCCACAGGUGCAGCCCUAAAAAGACAAAAAUAAAAAUAAAUUGAAAAAUAAUAAAGCCACAGAUAUAAUAAAAACAUAGAUUACAAUCGUGGUGCUAAUUGCCAAAUAUGAAAUGCAUACAAAUUAAUCAUAAUAAGAGAUGUGAAGAAAAAUAUAAUCAUUAAAAAUAAUUAUAUCAGAAUAUUUAUAUAAUGGUAGAAACCCAGCAUGCUUCUACAUAAUAAAAUUAAUUAGUCCUAAAAAAUUAAGUGUUUUCCUCAAUUACUUAGAGGACUAAUUGGUAGAGGAAUUACAAUGAGAUCUUGAAAAUUGCUCCAAAUUUUAUCUAGAAACAAAUAAUAAACAAUAUGACUCAGAAAAAGAGGACGUGGAGUAGAUUGAGCUGUUUGUUGAAUGCAGAAGCAUGUGUAAGUCUUUAAUAUAAGCUAUAAUCAUCAAAAGAAAACAAAAAAUAAUAGCAGAUGCAUUUUUAAAUGAAAAGAAAUCCAUCAAAUAGACCAUAAUAUUUUAAUACUUAAUAUGUCAUAAUAAAUCACUAAAGAAAAUAAAGUACGGUUCAAAUAUAGCAUUAACUGAUUAUGUGGAAAGAAACGACUAAAAAUUUGAUCAUACAGUAAAUUUUAAAAAGCCACCUGAAUAAAGUUAAAUAAACCAAAUGAACCAGAGAGAUAAUUUUACAGCUUCCUUUCUGUCUUGAAUGCCUUUUAUUUCUUGUUCUUACCUAAUUGCUCUGGAUGGGACUUCCAGUACUCUGUUGAAUAGAAGUGGCAAGAGUGGCCAUUCUUGCCUUGUUCCUCAUUUUGGAGGAAAAGCUUUCAGUUUUUCUCUGUUAAUUGUAAUGUUGGCUGUGAGCUUCUCAUAUAUAGCCUUUAUUAUGUUAAGGUAAUUUCCUUCUAUUCUUAGUUUGUUAGUGUUUUACCACAAAAUGGUGUGAUUUUUUUUGUCAAAUGCUUUUUUGCAUCCAUGGAGAUGAUCAUUUGAUUUUUAUCCUUCAUUGUGUCACAUUACGGAUAUGCAGAACCAUGCUUAUAUGCCAAGCGUAAAUCCCCCCGGUCAUGAUGUACACUCCUUUUAGUGAGCUGUCUUAUUAUAUUUUCUAGCAUUUUGUUGAGAAUUUUUGCAUGUACAUUCAUCAGAAAUACUGGCCAAAAAUGUAUCUGCUAUUACUGGUGUUCUUUUUUCGUAGUGUUAUCAGAAUAACGCUGGCCUCGUAACAUGAAUUUGGGAGUGUUUCCUCGUCUUCGAUUUUUUCGGAAGAGUUUUGAGAAGAACUGGUGUUAAUUUUUUAAACGUUUGGUAGAAUUCGUCUGUAAAGCUGUCUAGUCCUGGGCUUUUCUUUGUUGAGAGGUUUUAAGCUACUGAUUGAAUAUGCUUACUCAUUAUUGGCUUAUUCAGAUUUUGUCAUGUCCUUUGAUUCUAGGAAUUUAUCUGUAUCUUAUAGGUUACACAAUUAGUUAAUGUAUGUUUGUUCAUAGUAGUGCCCUAUGAUCCUUUUUAAUUUCUGUGUCAUCAGUGGUAAUGUCUUCUCUCUUUCAUUUCCAAUUUCAUUUAUUUGUCUCCUUUUUUCUUUUUUUUCUUUUUUUUUUUUGUCUUUUUGCCACCAUUUCUUGGGCCAUUCCCGUGGCAUAUGGAGGUUCCCAGGCUAGGGGUCCAAUCGGAGCUGUAGCCACUGGCCUACGCCAGAGCCACAGCAACAUGGGAUCCGAGCCGCGUCUGCGAUCUGCACCACAGCUCACGGCAACGCCUGAUCGUUAACCCACUGAGCAAGGGCAGGGACCGAACCCGCAACCUCAUGGUUCCUAGUUGGAUUCGUUAACCACUGCGCCACGACGGGAACUCCUCCUUUUUUCUUAAUCUAGUGAAAAAUUUGUUGGUUUUACUCAUUUUUUCAAAAAAAACAACUUAGUUUUUGGAGUUCUCUUGUGCUGCAUCAGGUUAAGGAUCUGGCAUUUCCACUGCAGUGGCUCUGGUCAUUGCUGGGGCAAGGGUUCAGUUCCUGGCCCAGGACUUCCACAUGCCAUGGGCAUGGCCAAAAAACUUUUUUUUUUAAAGAAAAACUUGGUUUUGGUUUCUUUUCUAUUGUGUCUAUUCUCUAUUUCAUUUAUUUCUUCUGUAAUCUUUAAUGUUUCAUUAACUUUAGGCUUUGGUUUUUUUCUAGUUCCUUGAAGUGUGAAGUUAGGUUGUUUGUUUGAGUCUCUUGUUGUUGUUGCCACACCCAUGGCAUAUGGACAUUCCUGGGCCAGGAAUAGAAUCCAAGCCACAGCUGCAACUUACACCACAGCUGCAGCCACACUUAAUCCUUAACCAGGGCCAGGCCAGGGAUCAAGCCUGCACCUCAGCAGCCAACCCAAACCGCUACAGAGACAAAGCUGGAUCGGUAACCCACUGUGCCACAGUGGGAACUCUCAAUAUUUCUUCUUUUUUAAUGAAAGUACUUAUUGCUCUGAUUUUCGGUACUGCUUUGCUGCACACGUGGUUUAGGUAUCUUGUAUUUUCAUUUUUGUUGGUCUCCAGAUAUUAACUAAUUUCCCUUUUUGUUUCUUUUUUGACCCAUUGCUUGUUCAAGUGGCUGUUGUAUAUUUCCACAUAUUUGUGAAUUUUCCAGUUUUCUUUCUGUUAUUGAUUUCUAGUAUUAUUUCAUUGGGCUUAGAAAAGAAAUUUAGUAUGAUUUGAAUGAUUGUAUUUUAUUUAUAGAAGAGCCUAAAGACUUCACAUUAAAAAAAAACUGUGAAAACUAAUAAACAAAGUCAGUAAUGUGGCUGGAUAUUAAAUCAACGUACAAAAAUCA